AUGUUGGCCCUCAAGAUCCAAACUGACGUUUCUCAUUUCGACAGAUUUCCGGAAUACACCGAUCCGUUCGAGAUCCCAACAGAAAUCAUGGCGACAGCCGUUCCUCCCCGCAACAAGGCCCUCGGCACCGUCCUGACCGAGUCCCAAGAGCCUAGCCGACACCCAUCUCCUCAGCCCACACAUUUCAGCGUUCCUCAUCUCUCCCAAACCAACGGCAAUGGCCACCGCGUCCUGCGUUCGGCCACUGUUGGCUAUGUCGCUCCCGAAUUCGUCGGCAAGGACGAACAGAUGAAGCAGGUCAAGGACCUUGUUUCCUCCCAGGGCUGGAUCCCCCCUACCGUCGUUGACGACCAGGUUACUUGGUUUUACGAGUCGCUCGGUAUCGACGAUGUGUACUUCAAGAUCGAGACGCCUCAGGUCAUCGCCAGCCAGGUGACGUCUCUCUACGCUGCCAAAGUCGCUGCGUAUGCGCGCGAGGACAAGCGCGAGGAGAUCAGGCUAGAUAUGGAGGCUGAGGAUCACGCCAUCUACAUCGACACCAGUGAGGCUGGUCGUACCAUCACAAAUGGCCCUCGUUACGAGAGCAGGCUCGAGGCCAAGUACCUGGAUCACACAGGCCGCUCCAAGUACCGCGUUGAGACCUUCCGCUCCCCUGGCGUCCUCGGUGCCUCGCCCAGCUCCAAGGCUACCCUGCGCUGCUACUUCGUCUACCAGUGCAUCUUCAAGCAGCCCCCAGAGCAGACUGAUCCCAACGAGACCCGCAUCGAGGUCAUCGCCGAUCAAGGUUUCCUGCAGAAGGCCACGGCCAACACCAAGCAGAUUUAUCAGGAGAUUAUCGAGCUGGCCGUCAACAGGACGGGCCCCGUCAUUGAGGUCUUUGAUAUCGAGGGCAUGGCCGAGAAGCGCCUCGUCGUUGCUUUCCGCUCCAGGACAGCGCGUGGCCUGUUCUCCGCACUUUCUGAUCUCUACCACUACUAUGGCGUCACCUCCUCAAGGAAGUACGUCGAGCAGUUCUCCAACGGCAUCACCGUCAUGUCUAUCUACCUUCGCCCCGCCAUGACCCUCGAGGGCGAGUACCCUCCCCUCGAGCAGUCCAUCCACCAGAUCACCAAGGAAAUCUCCCUCCUGUACUGCCUUCCCCACAACAAGCUUCACGAUCUCUUCACCAGCGGUGAAUUGAGUCUUCAGGAGACCGUCUACGGCCACUGCGCUUGGGUCUUCAUCCAGCACUUCCUGAACCGCCUUGGAUCCGAGUAUGUCUCGCUGACCGACAUUCUCGAUCCCAAGAGCAACGUUCAUACUGCUCUGCUGUCCAAGCUCAAGCGUCGUCUGAGGACGGAGACGUUCACUCCCGACUACAUUCUGGAGAUUAUUCAGUCAUACCCCGGUCUGGUGCGCGCUCUGUACGCAUCUUUCGCCAGCGUUCAUCUCGCUGUCGGUGCCGACUUUGAGCGUCACUUCAUCGCGCCCACCCCCGCUUUGGAGGUUAUGUCCGAUGCUAAGCUCAAGGAGAAGAUCACCCGUGAAGUCUCCAACGAGCACGAGGAGAUGGUCAUGACUGCGUUCCGCGUCUUCAACAACGCCAUUCUUAAGACCAAUUAUUUCACCCCUACCAAGGUCGCCUUGAGCUUCCGCUUGGACCCGGCCUUCCUGCCUGAGAUUGAGUACCCCCGCAGACUGUAUGGCAUGUUCCUCGUCAUCGGUGCUGAGUUCCGUGGUUUCCACCUCCGCUUUAAGGACGUCGCACGCGGCGGCAUCCGUAUCGUCAAGUCUCGCAGCAAGGAGGCGUACGGCAUCAACGCCCGGAACCUCUUCGACGAAAACUAUGGCCUUUCUAGCACUCAACAGCGCAAGAACAAAGAUAUUCCCGAGGGCGGCUCCAAGGGCGUCAUUCUUCUUGAUGCCAAGAUGCAGGACCACUCCGAAGAGGCCUUCGAGAAGUACAUUGACAGUAUCAUUGACUUGCUCUUGCCUGGUGUGACACCUGGUAUCAAGAACCCCAUUGUCGACCUUUACGGCAAGCAGGAGAUUCUCUUCAUGGGCCCCGACGAGAACACUGCUGAUCUUGUCGACUGGGCAACGGAGCACGCCCGCAAGCGUGGCGCCCCCUGGUGGAAGUCCUUCUUCACCGGCAAGUCUCCUAAGCUUGGUGGUAUUCCCCACGACGAAUACGGCAUGACUACUCUCUCUGUCCGCGAGUAUGUCAAGGGAAUUUACCGCAAGACCGGCCUCGACCCCUCGACCGUCAGGAAGAUGCAGACUGGCGGCCCUGACGGCGAUCUGGGCAGCAAUGAGAUUCUUCUCAGCAACGAGAAGUACACCUCGAUCGUCGAUGGCUCUGGUGUCAUUGUGGACCCCAAUGGUCUCGACAGGGAGGAGCUUCUCCGCCUGGCCAAGAGCCGUUCCAUGAUUGUCAACUUUGACAUCUCCAAGCUGUCGAAGGAUGGCUACCGAGUCCUCUGCGAGGACACCAACAUGACUCUGCCCACGGGCGAGGUCGUUGGCAACGGAACCACCUUCCGCAACACCUACCACCUCCGUGAUACGGGCAUGACCGACAUCUUCGUGCCUUGCGGUGGUCGCCCUGAGUCUAUCGACCUCAUCACCGUCAACAAGCUCAUCAAGGAUGGCAAGUCUACGAUUCCCUACAUUGUCGAGGGCGCCAACUUGUUCAUCACCCAGGACGCCAAGCUGCGCCUUGAGGCGGCCGGUUGCAUCAUCUACAAGGAUGCCAGUGCCAACAAGGGUGGUGUUACCUCAUCCUCGCUCGAGGUCCUCGCAUCUCUGUCCUUUGACGAUGAGAGCUUCGUGCAGCACAUGUGCCACGAUGCCAAGGGCGUGGCGCCCCAGUUCUACAAGGACUAUGUCAAGCAGGUGCAGGCCAAGAUUUGCGAGAACGCCCAGCUCGAGUUCGAGGCCAUCUGGCGCGAGCACGAGAAGUCUGGUGUCGAGCGCAGCAUUCUCUCGGACAGGCUGUCGGUCGCUAUCACCGACCUCGACGAGGAGCUCCAGCACUCCGACAUGUGGAAGGACGAGCGCACGCGCCGCUCCGUCCUGGCUGACGCUCUGCCUAACCUUCUCCUUGACAAGAUUGGCCUCGACACCAUCAUCUCCCGUGUGCCUGACGCCUACCUACGCGCCAUCUUCGGCAGCUACCUCGCUUCGAGGUUUGUGUACGAAUUCGGCAUCAGCCCCGGCCAAUUUGCUUUCUAUGAUUUCAUGUCCAAACGUAUGGCGAAGAUUCAGUAG